UAUUUAUCAAAAAUAGGCUACGAUCAAACAAUGUAAUAGAAUAUACUGCUUCACAAAUACUAAACCUAACAAGCAAAGAUGAAACACUAUCUGAUCUUUUCAAAUCAAAAUUUUGUGGCACAACUUUAACAUCUUUACUAUGCAGCAUCGUAUAUUCUUAACGAUAAGUGUAGCCCAAAACUACAUAUUGGGGCGGGCUUCUUUGCUCACAAUGUAAUGGGCUUAUCAUAUAAGCCCAAUGGAAUGCCAAGCUGCAUUGCGCUUACACUUCAGUUUGGGCAGUGUAUGCACUCAUAAAUAAUUGGGAUUGGAAUUUUCUCAAAAUUGGGUAGCGCUAUACACAAUCCCUAGUUUUCUUAUAUCAACCGCUCCACUUUCUGUGAUUCUCUCUGAAAGAUGCCGAAACAUCGUGAGCCUGUUAAGCCGGUGGAGUCCCAAUCGGAUUCCGGCGAAGAAGAAGACGAGGAAGCUUCUUCUGAAGACGACUCACAAGAAUCGGAGUCAGAAACCGAACAGACGCAGACAGCGACGCAAAAGAAACCCCAACCUCAGAUGGCCGCCAAAUCCCAGCAGCUCCCGCCACAGCAGGCUCCUUCUUCCUCCGAGGAAGAUGACUCCGGAUCUGAAACCGAGUCGGAGUCUGACGGACUAGAUUCGAAUGCGGGGCCACCAGCGUCCAAGCCAAUGGAAGAGACUCAGAAAUCAAGCAAUGAGGCUAGGAAGGCCAGAUCCAAGCCAAAUGCUCCGGAGCCCAUUACUCCAACAAAACCCGCCGCUGAAAAACGCCCUGCUGAAGGUACGGCUACUACUAAGAAUACAAAGAGGUUGAGGAAGACCGUCGAAGGUGAUCCUUCGGAGAAAAAGUCCAAUCUUUUUCAGAGACUCUGGAGUGAGGAUGAUGAGAUUGUCAUCUUAAAAGGGAUGAUCGAUUAUACCUCCAAAUAUAAAUCCGAUCCAAUUUGGGAUUUGAAUGCUUUCCAUGAUUUUAUCAAGAAAAAUUUGCAUAUCGAUGUUACGAGAACUCAGUUGCAGGAUAAGAUUAGGAGGCUGAAGAAGAAAUAUGAAAACAACAAGAGCAAAGAGAAGGAGGGUAAAGAGAGGACCUUUUCGAAGCCCCACGAGCAGAACGCUUAUGAUUUGUCGAAAAUGAUAUGGGGGAAUGAAAGUGGUAAAGAAAGUGGGGGUGUUAAAGUGGUAGCAAGUCCAAAAGCAAAUGGCAGUAUGGCCAGCAAAACGGCAAGUAAGAAGGUCAAUGCCGCGGAGAGUGAAGAUGCGGUGGUUGUGAGUGGUGAUGGAGAAAAGUCGCGUGCGAAGAGGCUGAAUUUCAAUUCUGUUGGUGCGACUAUAGAGGAGAGGAUGAUGAUAUCUGGUGGCGAGUAUUUUGGAUUGGGGCAAGGGCUAGAGGGGGAACAAGAUUGGCAAAAACUGAGAGUGGAGGAGUUGGAGCUCCUCCAGAAACAGUUGGAGUUGAGGGUAGAACAGACCAAGCUUGUCUUGCAAGUGAUGAAGGAUCGCAUGUUAUGAAGGCCAGCCCAGGGAUCACUGAGGUGCAGGAAGCUAACUUUUUCUUAAUGAAUGCUACUGUUAUAAUUGUAGGAUUUUCAGUUAUUUUGUGUCUAUGCUACAUUCUGCACUAAGUAUUGGGUCCUGAGUUUAUGUUUUGUUAGCAUGGUUUCGACUUCGACUCGUUCAGUGUCUAUCUAUUUCUUUUGUUAUCAUUAUAUUUUGUUUAAUGUGAGUUGUUACUUUUUAUGUUAA